UCUUAUUUUUUCAGAUGCUUGUUUAUAGCCACAGAGGUAACUAAAAAUAGGUCCCUUUGGUAUUCUUUUGCUAUCCUGUGUACAAUUUAAAUUUUUAAUGAAAGGGUCUGAUGUAACUUUGUGUAAUUAAUGUUGCUUGGUCUCACUAUAAUCUCCAUUAUAAUCACAAAAAAACUCAGUUGCUCUUGAAAAGGCAACAUGUGGACCUAAGGUGAAGUUCUGCCGUUAUCUGAUGAAACCUGACUGAGCAGCAAGAAGUCUGAUUCACACAUUCAAAAAAGUUGUCUACAUCCACCCAUCUAUUCACCUGUCUGUCUCGCUGUCUGUCUGCUGGGGAGGGAUGGAGCUUUUGCCAUUUGAUAUUUCACCUGAAAGUCCCAGAGAUUCAUACCUGCACUCAUCGACCAAUCACAGGUCCAGCUCUGUUAACAGCACCUGGGAGCCUAAUGGUGUCACUUUCUUCAUCAUCCAAGGCCUUGCUAACCUUGGCGAGAAAGGGAUGAUUCUUUUUGUCAUUCUGCUGCUGGGUUACAUCAUCAUCCUGGGAGGAAACAGCAUGAUCAUCUUUGUGGCGUUGACUGAUCCAAAGCUCACCACUCCCAUGUAUUUCUUCCUCUACAACCUCGCCAUUGUGGACAUCAUCUACACCACCACCACCAUCCCCAAAAUGCUCUGCGGUUUCCUGACAGACAUGAAUACCAUUUCCGUCCCAGGCUGCUUUCUCCAGAUGCAUUUCUUUAUUCAGCUAGGCGUUACCGGCUAUGCCAUCCUGACUGUCAUGGCGUAUGACCGCUACGUGGCCAUCUGCAACCCUCUGCGCUACACUGCCAUCAUGACCCGGCCCGUCCAACUGCUCCUCAUCAUAGGAGCCUGGGGCUUCAGCAUCUUCUGCACGCUGCCAGCGACCUCCAUGACCUGGCAGCGGCCUUACUGUGGCCCGAAUGUGGUUAGGAAUGCCUGGUGCGACCUGUCGUCUAUAAGGCAGCUGGUGUGCGCUGACACCUCCGUGGAUAACAUUGUGUCCGUUUCUUUCGCCAUAUUGGCGCUACUGACCACAGGAGUCCUCAUCCUCACCUCCUAUGUCCUGAUUGGUGUUUCCAUGUUGAAGAUGGGUGUUGCUCAGAGGCUGAAGGCCUUUGGAACGUGUGCCGCCCACCUGACUGUGGUGUCCAUCUCUUACAGCUCAGCCUCGUGUGUAUUCAUCUCCUACCGGGUGGGAAACAUUUCACCAGAGGUUCGCAUCAUUGUGUCUGUGCUGUUCUCCGCUCUAACUCCUUUCCUAAAUCCGAUGAUCUACAGUGUGAGGAACAAGGAGCUGCGAGAGUCUGUCAGAAGGACUCUGAGCAGGUUCAGACCUGCAGCUGUGUUACCCAAGAAGGAUGUCAACACAGUGUCCUGACUGCGAAAGAAAACCUGCCACUGGACACCCACAAACUGGAGAGAGAAAAGGCAACUGAACAUCCAAAAUGACUGUCUUGCACAAAAACUUAUUUAGAAAUUACAUGAUGUCUUUUUUAAUUUGUAUACUGUGCUAAUAAUAUGCUCAGCUAUCUAUACACAAAACUUACUAUGUUAAAUUUGCAUUCAAGAGUCACAUUAAACUAGUUAAUGAUCCUUUUAAUUAAAUAAGUUAAUUAACAGUCCCUUCUCAUUGGAGAACUGCUUUUACCAGCUAUGAAUGGAUGGAUCAAUAUUACAAUAAAUUUAGGUUUUUUUUUUCCAAAACAUUGCGUGAAUAAGUCUCAGAAUUCAUUUGUCCAAUGCUUUGUUGCUUGUGUCAAAAAUGCCUUAUUAGCAUGCAACCUGUGUGGCACCCAAAGCAACAUUAGGGGCUCCAGGUGCCCAAUAACAGCCUAUUGAGGGCUCAAUCAGGCAGCUGAUUCCCUAUGACUUCUCCCCCACACUCUUAUUCUUUCCUCUCUCAUUAAUCAUCUCACGUAUUAACAAUCUUGUCAGGUAGAAUCAUUUAUCAGUCACAGGAGAUAUUUUCUACUGCAGAAUGAGUACGAGUAGGAUUUUGAAUGCAGGACUUUUACAUGUAAUAGAGUAGUUUUGGAUCGUUGUAUUGGUUCCUUUACUUAAGUUAAGGAUCUAAGUACUUCUUCCACCACUGCAAUUUCUUCACUAGAUCCAGUGAAAAGUGUUAACAGCAGAUACAUGGGCUGGUGGAGGCUCCUCUCCAUGAAGAUCAGGACUACUAGGCUGAUGUUGGACACCAUAAUGAAGAUGUAGAUGAGGAGGAGGAGGAUGAAUGCGAGAACUGAGAACUGGGGGCUGACCUUUAACCCCUCGAUGAAUAUUAUAUCCAUAUUGUAAUUUUGGUUCUCCAUACUGCAGAGGGAGGAUCCUGGAGAGCAUCAUAGGCAGAGAAUUCAGUCAACACUGUUUGUUAUCAAAACCUGAUCUGUCAAAGGGUUAGGUUAUGGAUUAAAUUAAAAAUUAAAAUAAAUAAAUGUAACAGUCAAAAACUCA